AUGGCUGUGGCGAUAUCUGACCGGCGCACGCCAUCCGUGAGGAAACAGCGAUUUCGACGUAUCGUGGAUUGGAUCGGCCGCAAUCUUCUUAUUGUUCUGCUCAUCGCCGGAUCCGUUGGAGUGCUCGUAGCGAUCUUCAUGAUUUCACUCUGCUCCCAAUACUACCAGGUCUUCCUGGCUCAUGGCGUGCUUCUGGGGAUUAGUAUGGGUUUUGUCACUUGGCCUCCUAUGGCGGUGGUUUCACGCAAUCUACCACACCAUCGUGGCCUCGCCUUGGGGGUGGUCACCGGAGGUUCUUCUGUGGGAGGAAUAGUCUGGUCGAUCAUGAUUGAGCAGCUGCUGAACAAGCGAAACUUCGGAUUCCCAUGGACAGUUCGCGUGGUGGGGUUUACGAUGCUGCCCCUUUUGGUCUUUGCAUGCAGUACGAUUACUGAACCACCCAAACAACUCGAAACCCAACCCAGACCGGGUCUGGAGCCCACAGCAGAAAGUAGUCCAGCCUCCCCAUCCCUGAAGCCAAAGGAUGCGUCCCGCUUGUUGAUCCGGAGUCCCGUCUUUAUCUCUCUCUGCGUUGGCUUCGGCCUCGCCUUCCUGGGCCUUUUCAGCCCCUUCUUUUACAUCCCUUCGUAUGCAGCAAGUCAUGGUGCGUCGGCACAGACGUCCUUUUACAUGAUCUCCAUCAUGAACGCAGCCACCCUCUUUGGUCGUGUGAUCCCCGGCGCUGUGGCGGACCGUGUGGGCCACUACAACGUGAUGGUCUUCCUCUUGCUUUUUUCGGGAAUCAUCUCAUUCUGCUGGACCGCCGUCCACACCCUGGCAGGACUUGUCAUCUGGUCGAUUGCAUAUGGGUUUUCUUCUGGGGUAGGUCUUCCAACAGCCACACUCUCUGCUCCGACUAGCAGGCGAUUCAUCAGUGCUAAUCGCCACAAAUUUGAAGGCUGUUCUAAGUUUGCAGCCCGCCUGCGCAGGGAAAAUUGCGACUCUACAGGAUCAAGGUAG